AUAAAUAACAAGAACAGCGAGUACACUCCACUGAACGUAAGGCCUAGCUAGACAUCGAGAACAAAAUGCACGGCUACUACCUCGGCUACCUGCGCACCUCGGGCGGCCAGCUGAAGAUGUUCGAGGUGAUCGUCGGCCUGGUGCAGCUCUUCUACCUGAUGGCUGUCAACUACGACCGCAACCACGACUGGUACGUGCUGCGCAUGGACCUGCUCAUCAUGCUCAUGGGCACCUUCACCGCCGUCUUCGCCGCGUCCUUCGUGCUGCUCACCGUAAUCCUCGGCUCCACAGAGGUUCCCUUCUCGCUCCUCUACCGGCUGCUCUACCUGGCUCUGUGCGUGGUGAUGAUUCCAGCGACUGCCGUGUUCCUCAAGGAGACGCGCAUCCACUCCUCAACGCGGGAGCUUAUCGUAUCGGCCACGGUGUCCGUGUGCUUCUGCGUCGGCCUGCUGGGCAACUUCGUGCUCGCCUACAAGCCGACCAUCUUCGAGACCAAGGUCACACAGAGGGCCCCCAGGGAGAACAAACCCGAAGGCGGCGGCCACUGAGCAGCGCCGCUUUUAUUGUCCUCCACGCUCUUAAUUUGUUCGUUCCUUGUUCUAAAUUUUCGUUGAGAAAAGAUAUAAAGCAA